GAAAAAUAGGGUUUAUGUAAAACCUCUGUCCUUUUCUUACGCAAGCUACGUUUUUGUUUCUCUCACUUUCAGAGUUCAAAACAUGAGCAAAGGUCCUGAGCUCUUCUCCGAUUUUGGCAAAGAAGCCAAAGAUUUACUCGACAAAGACUACACUUCCGACCAAAAGUUCACCAUCUCUAGCUUCAGCUACACUGGAGUGGCACUUGUAUCAAAUCUUGUGAAUAAGGGAGGUCUCUCCUCUGGGGAUGUGGCAGUACAAUAUAAGCACAAGAAUGCUGUAGUUGAUGUCAAGCUUGAUACAGAGUCAAAUAUCUUGACAACCUUCACCAUCACUGAUUUACUUCCAUCUGCAAAAACUGUGGCUUCUGUUAAACUGCCUGAUUAUAACUCUGGGAAGUUGGAGGUUCAGUAUUUUCAUGAACAUGCAGCUCUGACUACAGCUGUUGGGAUAAAAAAAUCCCCAUCUGUUGACUUUUCUGCAACCAUGGGUACUCCCAGCAUUGCUUUUGGUGCAGAGGCAAGUUACAUGGCAUCUUCUGGUGAAUUUACAAAGUAUAAUGCUGGAGUGAACGUGACAAAACCUGAUUCUAAUGCUUCAGUGAUCCUUGCUGACAAGGGAGACUCCUUAAGGGUGUCAUAUUUGCACCAUCUAAACCAGCUGAAUGGUGGAGCUCUCGUAGGUGAGAUUGCUAGAAAGUUCUCCACAAAUGAAAACACAUUAACGGUGGGAUGUUCAUAUCUUGUUGAUCCACACACACUGGUGAAGGCAAAGCUUAACAACCACGGCAAUCUUGGUGCUCUUGUACAGCAUGAGCUCAGGCCGAAGUCCUUCCUUACAAUAUCUGGGGCCUUUAACACAAAGGCUUUGGAGAAGACUCCUAAGUUUGCAGGAGUUGCCUUACAAUCAAACUGGUCGGCUUUAGCGGGACUACAGAGUCUGUUUCACAAUUCAGAUAGAAGUGGUAUUGCUGCUUCGCGAGAUUUUGUUUUUUGUUGUUAUUGUAGUUGUCGGUAUUUUUUUUUGUUUUCAGUUAAGUAAAAAUCUUAGCAUUUAUAGCUUCCGAGGAAAAAGAAAAAAAAAAAAACUAAUAACAGUUGACUUUGAGCAGCCAGUGCCUAUUGGAUAUUCAUUAAAAAAAUGCGAAGAUUUGUGGGCCUUUGUCUCCAUUUUCCUUAACAGGAAAGGGCAACUUUGAACUCAAUGAAAUAACUCAUAGUUCUAGUAGCAUCUACAAGGUA